AUGGAGUUACUAACUGCAGCACUGAACAGUUGCAGAACCCAGAAAAUCCAGAAAUGUCCCGAAUGCCAAACGGUGCUAGCGGUGCACGAUCCUGCGGGUGUUAUUGCAAAUGCAGGCGAGAGAUUAGGCGCCAUGUUGGCAGGCCACUGGCACCUAUCCCUUGCGGCUCACAUUGCAUUGGCGUCAUCGGCCAGAACUCUUUUCAAGGAAGAACGGAGAAAUCCGUCUUUGACUGGACACCAGUGGCUCUCAGUGGCUCCCCCCCAGACAUUCAGCGAAGGAAACUGGCUAGGAAAAGCCAUGCGAUCCCACCGAUUCCCCACAUCUGGUUUCGGCUGGCUGGAAUCUCGUCUACGGACCCCCUAG